AGCACGUCGAUCGGGAGCGCCUCUCGAGAGUCGACUCGGAGCCUGUUUUCAGAAAAUCGCCGACGAGUGGCCAAGAUGCGGCUGUCGACGGUCUUCGAGCUGCUGCUGAUAUUCCUGCUGAUCGCCUUCGCGGCGUACGCGAGAGUCAUCGACGAGGCUCCGAUUCCGCCCGGAAUCCGCCCGGAGGACCGAGGAGGGCGGACCGACUCCGGCAUCUCGACGCUCUCUCUGAAGCAGGCGGCCGACGGCGUCAACCGGUACUGCACCUGCACCGAGGACGUCUGCAACUGCUGCCGGGACUUUGACAUCCCCGUCGUGCAGCUCAAGGGACCAGGAUGCGCGUCCCUGCAGUAUCUCCAGGGCGACAACUUGGCCGUUCAAUUGAGUUUCGGCAACAGCGUGCUGACGAGUGCCGUCGUUAGCGGGAAGAGUCCCAAGCCGGUGUGCGUGCCCCUGCCCGGAGGAUUCUCCAAGUUUUGCGGAAGGGUCUACUCGAUCCGGCGCGAGGCCGAUCGCCAUUUCAAGGCGUGUCUCGGCCUGGAACUGCAGACGUCGAGCGACGUCGAGGCCAGUCUCAGAGUCGGCUGCUUCAGGUUCGGCCCCGACGGAGUCAGGAUUCGGCCCGCGGAGCCGCUGCCGGUCGUGGAAGUCGAUACGCCGGCGGACGAGGACGACGACGACGGCGACGACGACGACGACCUUUUCGGCCUGGGCUCCGAUGAUGCCGACGACGAGGACGCACCGGAGGGUAACGCCGUGCCGGGUGCUUCGGCCGCGACCGAGGAAUCCGAGGACGACGACGACGACGACGACGACGACGACGUCCUGGGACUGGGCGCCCUCUUUGACAUUCUUACCGGGGAGGACGACUCCUCGACGAAGAAACCAAAAGCCACCACCACCACCACCACCCCCAUUCCCUUGGUCACCAUCCCAAUUAUAGCGAAACCGUCGACGCCGGCGGCCGGAGAGGUCUCCCCGGUGAACGACGUCGACGGCCAGUCGGCAACGGCAUCCGUCACCUCCGAAGGGAUCGAGGCGGACGAGGGGGUGUCCCCCACCGACGCCGUCACCGUUCUCGAGGAAUCCGAUGGUCCUGUCACGCAGAGCGGGCUCGAGUCCAACAAGGUGGAGUACGUCGUCCAGCCCGACGACGGAACCGCGAUUACCGUCAAGAAGGGCCAGAAAACGAAACACAAGGUAUCCGGAAGCGCGAACGCCGUCGAGACCGACCCGAAGAGACCGAUCGUCAAGCCUGAACAGAACGACGACGUUCUCGAAGACGAGGACGACGUAGAUCUCGAGGCGGAACUCGUGGACGACGACGACGAGGAGGAGGACGAGCUUCUGCAAGACGACGACGACGACGACGACGACGACGACGACGACAAGGACGACGACAAGGACGAGGAUGAGGAAGACGAAGACGAAGACGAAAAGAUCCAAAACGACCAAGAGGCGAAUCACGAUGGAAGUACCAAGGACGAGGACGUUCUCGGAGACGACGACGACGACGACGACGACGACGACGACGAGGACGCCGUUUUGAGCGCGAUUAUCGACGACGACAAGGAGGAAGCCAAAGGUGAAAAGGAGGGGAACGACUCGACCGAAAAUCAGACCGUGGAUGACGCCGAUUACGGACUCGGGUUGGAGGAAAUUUUGGCGAGGAAGAGUUUCUUAAAAGACAAUCGACGAGACUCCUCGGUUUGGCCGUGAAAUCGGAACAACGAAUUCUCGAGCCGUAAUCGUCGCGUAACGUUAUUUAUUUAUUUUAUUCAACGCGUAUUUAUGUAAUUUAUUGUAUUUAUACAUAAUCACGUUACCACGAUCGCUAGCGAAACACUUGCGAAUACGACCUGUACAAUAAACGUUAACUUUGA